GGGUUCUUGGCAAGGGCAAUUUGGCACGGCGUCGCCGCUGCUGGAUCAUCUCCCGGUGAUGAUAGGACGAUGAGAGGAGAGCUCCCGCGACGCCGAUCUCAGCGGGAUUGGCUUUGACUGAGAGCAAGUUGCGCUACGAUUUCUCCUUCUGGUGUCGACACUUUUGAUUCGCCCGAGAAAGAAGAAAAAUGGCACUGCGGUGUGGCGAUAGAAACAACACAACACGUAUCUCUGGUUCUGUGCUUCAUGCAGACCAACGUACGCUAACUUUGAUUUCUUUCUUCUUUUUGGCGAGCGAGGGUGGACGACACUUACACCACACAUGUGCCUGCGCUGAUUAUGAUACUCUUUCGCUGGAGCUGGGCGAUUCUUCCUGUUUGAUCUUGCUUCUUUUCCUUCUUCCGUUUAGUUCUUUGCCUAACGCUCUUGUUUAGAAGGAGGAAACAUCUCUCGAGCUACACGUACUGGAAGAUCAAAGAAAGAUCAGAUUCUACGUGUUGAGCUGAGGCCGGCUACACCUGGUACUUCCCUUAUCUUGCUGGAGGGGGGGAUCUCUGUUGUUGUUGUUUUAGAUGACGACAAGCAAUCAGGAGAAAGCAUAAAGAAGGCGCAAGUAGCCGUUGUUUGAAGCCGAUUGCUGUAGCAGUCGCUGUAAGAGGUCUCUUUCCCUCACAGUGGUAAGUGGCUCGCCAGUUUCCCCUGGUACCACCAAAGGGAAAGGAGUGGCGAGCAAUGCCUGAGCCACAGACAGUCGUUAUCAAGGUCCGUAUGCACUGCGAAGGAUGCCGUAAGAAGGUGAAGAAGGCGCUCUCCAAAAUCCCUGGCAUUCAAGAGCUCAAGGUGGACCUUAAGGAACAGAAGGUGACAAUCAAAGGCGACGUGGAUAUAAAAAAAGUGCUGCUCAAGCUAGCAAGAACCGGGAAAAUGAACGAGGUGCUACAGCCGGCCAGUGCUCCAGCCGAACCAAACAAGCCAAAAGAAUCAUCGCUGCCAGCGGCAGCAGCAGCCGCUGGAGAAACUGCGGCACAAACUCCAGCUCCAGCUCCAGCUCCAGCUCCAUCUCCAGCUCGAUCGAACUCAGCUCCAACUUCGCUGGCCACUUCCGAGGCCGCGACCAAAGAGGCUAUCCUGAGGGACAUCCAGAUGAAGCCGUUGGUGUGGAUCGACGCUCCAGACUUUCUGAGCGACGAGAACCCGAACGCGUGCUCGGUGAUGUGAGGUAAUAGCUAGCGGACAGGGGAGUUUUCUUUUUGUUUUGUUUGUAUGUUCCUGCUCUUUAAAUGACAAUCGUGUUUGUGUGAUAGUAUCAUCACAGAUCAA